CUUCAGCGGCGAGCCAUGCGCAUGCGCGUGUCCUCAUCAGUAGUAAAUUAUAAAGACAGCCCAGGGAGCGCAGCUUGGUUCAGUCUACAGUAUCUGGACCGGACCGAGGCGCCCAGGAAGCCCACUUGUAAGGCGGAGGAGAUGGACAAGGAGAAAAAGAAGGAGAAAAAGUCCUCCAAGAGCGACAGAGUCACUUUGAAAAAAGAAAUCGGACUUUUGAGCGCGUGCGCUAUUAUCAUCGGUAACAUCAUUGGCUCUGGGAUAUUCAUCUCACCUAAAGGAGUGUUGGAGCAUGCAGGCUCCGUGGGGCUGUCACUCAUCGUCUGGGUCUGUGGAGGCGGGAUCUGUGCCCUCGGGUCCUUGUGCUAUGCUGAACUUGGUGUGACCAUCCCAAAAUCUGGAGGAGACUACUCGUAUGUGACAGAAAUAUUUGGAGGGCUCGUUGGCUUCCUGUUGUUAUGGAGCGCCGUGCUCAUCAUGUAUCCGACCACGCUGGCUGUCAUCGCGCUCACCUUCUCCAAUUAUGUCCUGCAGCCGGCCUUCCCGGACUGCCUGCCACCGUACAUCGCCACCAGACUCCUCGCCACCAUCUGCAUCUUAUUCCUGACCUGGGUGAACUGCUCCAGUGUGCGCUGGGCGACAAGGAUCCAGGAUGUUUUCACUGUAGGAAAACUCCUCGCUCUGGUACUCAUCAUAGUGGUAGGACUCAUCCAGAUCUGUAGAGGGCACUACGACGCCCUUCGGCCCAGCGUGGCCUUUGAAUUCCGUCAAGACCCCUCGGUGGGACAGAUAGCGCUGGCCUUCCUUCAGGCCUCCUUCGCCUACAGCGGCUGGAACUUCCUCAAUUACGUCACAGAGGAAGUCGUGGAGCCACGCAAGAAUCUGCCCCGUGCCAUCUACAUUUCCAUCCCACUGGUGACCCUUGUCUACACUAUGACCAACAUUGCCUACUUCUCCUCCAUGAGCCCUGAGGAGCUGCUAGCCUCCAAUGCUGUGGCAGUGACAUUUGGAGAAAAGCUGCUGGGGAUGUUUUCCUGGGUGAUGCCAAUCUCUGUGGCGCUGUCCACAUUUGGAGGGAUCAAUGGAUAUCUGUUCACCUCCUCCAGAUUGUGUUUCUCGGGAGCCAGAGAGGGUCACUUGCCUUAUCUGCUGGCUAUGAUCCACCUAAAGAACUGCACUCCUAUCCCCGCCCUGCUGGUCUGCUGCUUUGCCACCAUAGUCAUCCUGUGCAUCGGAGAGACACACAACCUGAUCAACUACGUGUCCUUUAUCAACUAUUUGUCCUACGGCGUAACGAUUGCUGGCCUCCUCUACCUCCGCAAGAAAAGACCCAACCUGGUCAGACCCAUCAAGGUAAGCAUGUUGGUCCCCAUCGCCUACUUGGUAUUCUGGGCUGUGCUGCUUGGCUUCAGUCUGUACUCUGAACCAGUGGUUUGUGGCCUGGGAAUGGUCAUCAUGCUGACUGGAGUCCCUGUGUACUUUGUGGGUGUUCAUUGGAAGGACAAACCCAAAUGUGUCUAUAGGCUAGUUGAAAGUGUCACAUACAUUGGCCAGAAGGUUUGUUAUGUGGUGUUUCCUCAGGAAGACCUUUCAGAGACUGAACCCCUCACUGCCUCCAAAGCCACUGACUGAGCAAUACACUCAAGCAGGAAUUCUCUUUUUACAUCAACACCUCGGCCUUCAAAUUUUUAAAAUUUUUUUUUUUUUAUUUCACUUCGGUUGGUUUGUGGAUGGUGAAGAAAAAGGAUUUCGUCCAUGUUCUUGCACAGGUGGAACCUGUGGAAGGUUACACUUAGUAAAGUAGCACGCUAAAUCCUAACGAUACAAAUAUGUGUCUUUUACUUAUUGGUUUCUUCUGUUCCUCCAUUCUUGUGGCCAGUAGGCAGAGAGUUCUGUUUCUUCCUUUUACUCACUCAAACAAUCUCUGUCUGUUGUGCAUCAUUGCCAAGAUAUGCUUGUUUUAUGAUUUUAACUAAAUCCUUGAGCUAAUGUGCCUUAUGAAACGCAUGUGUUGGUAGAGUGGAUUGGUUUGUGCAGGAUAGUUUAAUAUCUUUUUCUGAGGUAUAUACAGUAUGCAAGCAGUGUCUGCACUUAGCAAUACUUCUCUAUUACUGAUGCAACUGUCAGAUAUUUCACUAAUUAUUCACAUGAUGAUAACUGUUGAUGUAUAUUUCUUCUGUCUGUAUUCUUUUUACUUUAGACCCGUUGUCUCUUUUUUUUAAAACACUGCAACACUACAUUCUCCUGAGAGAUACUGUGGGGGUCUUGAUGUUAUUAUUAGAGAUUACCUACUUGACACUCAUCAUUCCCAGUAAUAUUUAUAGCACAGGAGGCACAGAGGAUCAUCUGGACGAAUGGCUCUGGGAAAUGAAUAAGUUGCAUCAUUACAACAUGUGUCGAUGGGCUGCUCUGCUUUGGAACUGUUCUCAUUUUUAGGAGUGCCACUGUGAACUCUUUCCAGGUGCUCGACCCAACAGGACAGUUGUUCCAUUUCAAAAACCUCACCUGAUGUUAUAGCGCAGCCCAUUUAACAUGCUGUCGGCUGACAAAUCUGUAUUGACAGAUUCAUGGGAGGCUGGUAGUGGGUGUUUCCUUGUGCACUCGCCUACUCCCACUCCCUCAAAGACAUAUCAUCCCUGAAAUGACCCCAGGCACAACAACAUUUUAUAGAUCAGUUGUCUUGCUCCGAUAUUAUUGACACAAUGUAGAUUAAUUUACCUUACGCACUUGGAAGAUAUGGACUUAUUGUGGUGCCGCUGACAACAAAUGAUUAUGGUUAGAUAAAUGUCCAUGGAGUUGUGGUACCACUAACACAAAUGCUAAUUUACUGCUAGUGAUAUUGGUAUUAAAUGCAUUUCAGUAACCUUGACAGACUACUUGUUUGUCAGCAAACUAUGUUGUGCACACAACAAAGCAUUUAAAGGUUCGGGCCAAUGGCCUUUUUUAAAACAAUGCAAACCAGCAGCAUGAAACUUCAGGUCCUUUUCCCUCUAGAUCAAAUCCCGUAAGAAACUUCAAACAGCAUCGGUCUGCCAUGUCCUGCCGCUGUUACUCAUUUGAGAUCUGUAAAUACUGUGUAAAGAAUAAAACUUUACUGUUACAAAGCCCAUUAUCCUAACACAAUUGUUGGGUAGGCCUCUGUGUUUUGCUUGAGUGUGAAAAAUAACAAUGUAAUUAUUAAAUGAAGUUUAGUUCAGCUAACUGCUAAUGUCAAUUUGCUAACAAGUUCAGACGAAUGUUGUGAAUACAUAUUGGAAAUAAAUGGCUUAUUAUUAGCAGUAUCAGUAUUUUGUU